AAAUGUCCUUUAUAUGCAUGUUCCUGCUCUCUGCCUGGCUGUGCGCAUGGAAUCUGUGAGCUAAUGCAGGGCUGGCGAAGUGCAAGAAAUUCUCUUCUGCCUAGACGAGCUUUCUCGCCCGAACUCGAGUGUUUCUCGGGCGGGCAGUCAAGCUGCAGCUCGCUCUCGCGAGGGGAAGAGGCCGCCGCUUGGCUGGCGUGCGCUGUGUGCGCCUGAAGGGAAGCCCCCGGCCGGGCUGGGGUCUGUGCGAACCAGGAAUGCCGCCAGCGCCGCCUCCACCCACGCCUUCCGCUUGCACCUCUGGCCAGGAGGUGGCUGCGUGAGGCAGGAGGGGAACCGGGAAGAAGAGAGGGAAGCUCGUCCGCGGCCAGGAAGGAGGAAAAAGCGAAAGCGGAGGAGCGCAGACGCAGCAGGGAAGGGAGAUUAGCGCCGUGCGGAGGCAGCUUGGACUGCGGUCUUUUCCUUCGUGAAGACAGUCCCGCCUGCAGCCGAAAUGAAGAGGCGUCGUGUAGCAAUAAUCUUGUAACUAUCCCGUUUUUCCAAUCUUUUUAAAUCCCCCUCCUCCUCCGAAGGCGGCGGGGAGACCAGCACCAGCAGGAUUGUGUGGCCCUUUUCCUCUCCCUUUUUUAAACAGCAUAUUGGAAUUCAUUCUCUUCGCCUGUGUGGCAACUAGGAAGGUCAGGGCGGAGCGGGGGAAAGGCGAGUAAUUGUCACCAGCAAGCAACACAUUCACCUCACUCGCGCGCCAAACGGGGAAGGCACAGCCGCGAUGACUGAAGAGAGCGCGGACGUUCCCAAAGAGUUGCUGGAAAGCGUCAAGGAUGUGAUUGGAAGGAAGAUAAAGAUUUCUGUGAAAAAGAAAGUUAAGCUUGAAGUCAAGAGUGACAAAGUAGAUAAUAAAAUAUUGGUGCUAACAUCAUGUCGGGCCUUUCUGUUAACUUCCCGUAUUCCUACCAAGCUAGAAUUAACUUUCAGCUACUUGGAAAUCCAAGGAAUCACUUGCAAUAAACCAGGCCAGCUGAUUGUAGAAACUGAAAAGUGCAACAUUUCUAUGAAGUUAACUUCAUCUGAAGAUGUUCAUGAAGUAUUAGCACAUAUUGGAACAUGCCUUAGGAGGAUAUUCCCUGGUCUGUCUCCAGUGAGAAUAAUGAAGAAAGUAAUUAUGGAGCCCCCGGACAGGCUGGCUCAUCUCCAGACUUUAUGGGACAGUCAAACUGUGGGAGAAUUAGGACCAUGUGGUGGCUUUUCUCAAAUGUAUGCAUGUGUUUGUGACUGGCUGGGUUCUCCAUAUAGGGAAGAAGUGCAGUGGGAUGUUGAUACCAUUUAUCUGACUCAAGAUACCAGGGAAUUAAAUUUGCAAGACUUUAGCCAUCUUGACCACAGAGAUUUAAUACCAAUAGUUGCUGCCCUGGAAUACAAUCAGUGGUUUACAAAGCUUUCCUCCAAGGAUCUAAAGUUAUCCACUGAUGUUUGUGAGCAGAUCCUAAGAGUUGUGAGCAGAUCCAGUAGAUUGGAAGAGCUCAUUCUAGAGAAUGCUGGUCUUAGGACAGAUUUUGCACAGAAACUGGCCAAUGCUCUAUCCCACAAUCCCACCUCAGGACUUCAUACAAUUAAUCUUGCUAACAACCCUCUAGAGGACAGAGGUGUAUCUUCAUUAAGUAUUCAGUUUGCCAAACUACCAAAGGGGCUGAUGCAUUUAAAUUUAUCUAAAACCUCAUUAUCGCCUAAAGGCCCAAGGAGAUGGUAUUCAUCUUCCACUCCAUAUAGAUCUCUUCAGCCUGCAUUAAACCUAAGGGUGAACAGCCUUGCACAGUCACUGAGUGCCAACCAGCUGUUAGCUACCACUCUCACCCACCUUGAUCUCUCAGGAAAUAUUCUUCGAGGUGACGAUCUUUCAUUCCUGUGUAAUUUUUUGGCACAGCCAAACGCCAUAAUUCAUCUGGAUUUAUCAAAUACAGAGUGUGCAUUAGACACGGUGUGUGGAGCACUUCUUCAUGGCUGCCUUCAGCAUCUUGCCAUCCUAAAUCUGUCAAGGACAGUUUUUUCGCACAGAAAGAGCAAGGAAAUCCCCCCGUCAUUCAAACAAUUUUUCAGCAGUUCACUUGCUUUAGUGCAAAUCAACCUUUCAGGAACUAAACUUCCACCUGAGCCUCUAAAAGCUCUCUUACUUGGUCUUGCUUGUAAUCAAAAUGUGAAGGAGGUGUUUCUAGAUCUGAGUAACUGUGAGCUAAGAUCGGGUGGUGCACAAGUUUUAGAAGGAUGCAUAGCAGAAAUACAUAAUAUUGCCAGCCUUGAUAUUUCAGAUAAUGGCCUAGAAUCUGAUCUUUCAACACUUAUAAUCUGGCUUAGUAAAAACCGAUCAAUAAGACACUUGGCAUUGGGCAAAAAUUUUAACAACAUGAAAUCCAAAAAUCUGUCUCCUGUACUUGAUAAUUUAGUGCAGAUGAUUCAAGAUGAAGAUUCACCUUUGCAGUCUCUCUCUCUAGCAGAUUCUAAACUGAAAACAGAGAUCACUAUCAUUAUCAAUGCUUUGGGCAGCAAUACAUCUCUUACAAAAAUUGAUAUUAGCGGAAAUGGUAUGGGUGACAUGGGGGCAAAGAUGCUUGCAAAGGCUCUUCAGAUAAACACCAAACUCAGAACUGUUAUAUGGGACAAAAACAAUAUCACUGCUCAGGGAUUCCAGGAUAUAGCAGUGGCACUGGAAAAGAAUUAUACCUUAAGAUUCAUGCCUAUACCUGUGAAUGAUGCUUCACAAGCACUGAAAACAAACCCUGAGAAAACAGAAGAGGCACUUCAAAAGAUAGAAAAUUAUUUGCUUCGUAAUCACGAGACCCGAAAAUAUCUACAAGAGCAAGCAUACAGACUGCAACAGGGCAUAGUUACUAGCACAACACAGCAGAUGAUAGACAGAAUAUGUGUCAAAGUACAAGACCAUCUCAACUCUUUAAGAAACUGUGGAAUUGAAACAAUACAAGAGGAUUUGAAAUCAGCUGAAAGACUUAUGAAGGAUGCUAAGAAUUCCAAAACAUUAUUACCAAACCUGUAUCAUCUUGGUGGAGCUUCAUGGGCAGGAGCAAAUGGAUCCCUAUCCAAUCCAAUUCAGCAGAUCCUAGAAUCUAUGGCUGGGGAAGUUACAAGGGUUGUCGAUGAUCAGCUUAAGACACUGCUUGAGUCAAUGGUAGACGCAGCCGAAAACCUCUGUCCAAGUGCAAUGAAGAAAGCACAUAUAAGAGAAGACUUGAUUGAGGCAUGUACUGAAAAAAUUUCCAUUCCUCGGACCUUUGUUAAAAAUGUUCUCUUGGAGCAGUCUGGAGUUGAUAUCCUUAAUAAAAUUAGUGAAGUAAAGCUGACCGUUGCUUCGUUUCUCUCAGAUCGAAUAGUAGAUGAAAUCCUUGAUGCUCUAUCUCAUUGCCAUCAUAAACUGGCUGAUCAUUUGACCAGGCGAGGUAAACCCUUGCCUCACCAGGAAUCACUGGACAUUGAAUUAGCAGAGGAUAAAUCUACUAAACGUUCUAUCAUUACAGUUGAGGAGCUAACUGAAAUUGAACGUUUUGAAGACCUAGAUACGUGUAUGAUGACUCCCAAAUCUAAAAGGAAGAGUAUCCAUAGCCGAAUGUUAAGGCCCGUAUCCAGAGCUUUUGAAAUGGAGUUUGACCUUGACAAAGCAUUAGAAGAAGUUCCUAUUCACAUAGAGGACCCACCAUUCCCUUCUGGGAGGUUGGACAAACGGACUUCUGGGUUCAUUUCAGAACUACCUUCAGAGGAAGGGAAAAAGCUGGAGCAUUUUACUAAACUUAGGCCUAAAAGGAAUAAAAAACAACAGCCAACACAAUCUGCCGUGAGUCCUGCAAACCUUCAAGAGGGAGAACAGAAUGGACUUAUGGGAAGAGUAGAUGAAGGUGUUGAUGAAUUUUUCACUAAAAAGGUGACAAAAAUGGAUUCAAAGAGGUCCUUCACAAAAGGCUUAGACAGCAGCGAUUCUGGUGAAGUAGCUGAUGAAAAGAAAAAAAGAGAUUCUCGGAAAAGUGGCUUUCUUAAUUUAAUCAAACCUAGAUCCAAAUCUGAACGUCCUCCAACUGUGUUAAUGCCAGAAGAGUCUUCAUCUCCCAGAGGUAUUGUCAAAGGCUCCACUGUGGACACUGCAAAGAAGGAUUUGAAGUCAGCUGAACAAAAUGGCACUCUUGAAAAAACUGAGGAAUUAAAAACACCAGAUUCAACAGAAGAGGUUCCUUUGGAGGACAUUUCAAAGCUUGAAAAGUGUGACAGCAAAGGCAGUCCUCAAGGAGGACGUAGGUAUGGGGUGCAAGUGAUGGGCAGUGGCCUUCUUGCAGAAAUGAAAGCCAAACAAGAACGGAGAGCUGCAUCAGCACAGAAGAAAUUUGUGAAUGAUGUAAGAGACUCAACAGAUCUCUCUGUGAAUUCAGAACGACUGGAUGGAGCUGUAACAAAACUUCAUCAUCCUUCUCCAGAAAAUCAGUUUGCUCUUAAUAGGGAUGACUCUAUCACAGUCUUGACAGAAAAAAAUUCAAAAGCUGAACCAAAGAUAGAAAUUGGAGCUAGGACAAAAAGUUCUUCUAGCACACCUACCAGUCCAAAACCUCCACUACAGACAACAAAGCCCACCCUAAUAGGACGACCAACAGUUCCUCAGAAGCCAAGGUCUGCCUCUCGGACAGAUGAUGUCCCAGAGUCUCAGUCCAGUCCAGGUUCCCCUAAAAUUGCCCUGCUUCCUCCUGUUUUGAAGAGAGUCCCUUCUGAUAAAGAAAAAGAUAGUCAAAGUAGCCCUCAGCCAGCUCUCAGAUCUCUUUCACAUGAAGGUCCAAAGAAAAGCCCAGGACAUCAGAUUUCUGAAUCCCAGGAACAGAAGCAGAGACCUUUGAGGAAAGAUGGCCAGCAAGGAAGCAAGUCCAGUGACUCUGGAGAAGAACCAGAUAAAGAUUUCAUUUUUGUUUAGUUGAUUGGUUAUGGGCUUAACAGUGCAGAUUAUUUUGUGAUAAUAGGGUCCAACUAUUACUGACCCUUUUUUCCCAUUAGCUUUUCUUUCCUUUUUUAAAAAAGAAGCUUGUCAAAGGUCAAUAUUUGCACUGGUAAUCAGAUUAAAAAAGAAUUUGGUUCUUUUUUCUGACUAUCUAUUUCCAGAUAUUCCCUCUCAGGCCUUUGCUAAAGCCAGCAACUAUUCCAUGUCUUCUACUUGAAUUUUCUGAAGCAGCUACAAAAAUAAUGCCUUGCAUUAGAGCUUUGUGGUUGAAAAAACUCAAAGCAAAUGGAUUGGUCAUUUUCUUACACUAACCCAUUACUGUACAGCAGGAAAAGCGUUGGACUGCUGAAUGUAAAUUUGUCAAACUUGCACGCAACUUACUUUAUAAAUAUAUUCUUGCUGAAUGCAAUUGCACAUUGUAAUUAUAUCAACAGAGCACACUAAUAAAAGAAUUUGUAUAAAUAAUAUAUAUUAGAUGCUUGGAUAUGAUUUUUACAUUCUCCUUUGGGAGACUUUUCCCAUGUUUGUGUAACUGUCUAUUUAAGAACACAAUCAUUUACAUUUUGUGUACUGUUCAAAAGCACAAAAGUAGAAAAACAAUUACUAACACUUUGCUAUGCUUCCAUAACCAUAAGUAAAUGUAUGUUGAUUGAAAUGAAGGCAAUGGAUAUUUUAUCAAUAUUGGUAUUUUGUAAAGGUCACCAUAGGAUCUGUCUGCGUCCUCUCUACUUUUAUCACGUACUUCAAAACAAAUAGUAGUUCCUUGUCUGUAAAAGCAAUUCUUUACUUUUUUCAAUAUUUUACAUGCAUUUGCUUACAAUAUGGGCAGAAGGAAUUUUAUUCAUAAUGUAUAUUUGUACCAAUAAAAUGAUUUUACAAAUGAA